CAAACAUUAGUCAUUCGAUGCCGGAUUGUCGUCCUGUUUAAACCUACGUAUGAAAUGAUACAGUGUUUACAAAUGUUUUAUAUCGAAUCGACAUGCGUAUUACGUCAUUAAUUUUGUUCUUAUGUUUUUUGUAUUAUUGUGAAUCUUACGAUAUGAUCAUCGGUGAUACUGUGCACAGAAAAAUGGUGUUCCAUCAGAGGGUCAAAGACUUCGCAAUACCCUUUAAAAAGAGAAUAAAAGUUUUAACCUACAAUGAUCCGGAGAAAAGAAUCAUUAAGGGUGUAGCUGCUAUAGAUAAUGACUUUUCACACGCCAGCGCGAAUAUCACCGACGGAGGAGUUGGUUUCUCGCAUGUCACAGUUAGAAUGAAGAGUCAAAGGCAUCACCCGUUGAAUUUUGAAGUUGAAAUAUAUGUGUGAAAGGACAAAUUGUGAACUUUGGUGUGUGAAACAUUGAUUGAGACAGAUGUGGUUUUAAAAACUUUAAUGUUUAUUUUGUUGAAAAUGACGCGAGACGUCUAUUUGUGUAUCGCUAUCAAUCCACUAUUGUUUUGCUUAAUAUUUUCAUGAUUGUAUUGUUCCAUUGGCAAUGUCAUUGUAUUGUAGUUUUUUUACACUCUUUAUCAAAAUAAAUGCUAAUUAUCUUCA